UCUUCGAUAACUGUGCCGAAGAAGUUAACUCUCGGGACUUCUGCUCCCGUGAGACACAAUAUAUUUAUUUAUUUAGUGAUAUAACUACUGGAUGUUUAAAUCUGAUUAUUGAUUAAAUAGUACUUAGAAAGUGCUGGAAUUAAUAAUGUGGAAGCUGGUGUGGACCACCACAUUAGUGGUGGUGAUUUUGACGUGUCAUGUUGAUGGUAGAACUAAAAGAGCUAUUGACAGCUACCCAAAACCUCAAGGCUACGAGUAUAAUCCACCGGAUAAACCAUUUACUCUUCCACCACGACCUCAACCAACAACUUUACGACCAGUAACAAGACCAUCAUCACCGCCAACAAGGCCUCCACCAACUUACGAUUAUUCGACACCAUCGCAGCCGUUUACCGUUACGAAAAGACCGGUUACAAGACCAACAACAGUUCGUCCUCCACCACCUCCAACUUAUGAUUAUCCAAAACCUCCACAACCAUUCACUGUUCCUACAAAACCGUCUCCACCUCCAGUAACAAGACCACCACCAAGGCCAACAACAGUUCGACCGCCACCACCACCACCUGUAACAAGACCCACAACAGUUCGUCCUCCACCACCUCCAACUUAUGAUUAUCCAAAACCUCCACAACCAUUCACUGUUCCUACAAAACCGUCUCCACCUCCAGUAACAAGACCACCACCAAGGCCAACAACAGUUAGACCGCCUCCACCACCACCUGUAACAAGACCCACAACAAUUCGUCCUCCACCACCUCCAACUUAUGAUUAUCCAAAACCUCCACAACCAUUCACUGUUCCUACAAAACCGUCUCCACCCCCAGUAACAAGACCACCACCAAGGCCAACAACAGUUCGACCGCCACCACCUGUAACAAGACCCACAACAAUUCGUCCUCCACCACCUCCAACUUAUGAUUAUCCAAAACCUCCACAACCAUUUACUGUUCCUACAAAACCGUCUCCACCCCCAGUAACAAGACCAUCACCAAGGCCAACAACAGUUCGACCGCCACCGAAGCCAAUUGAUGAUGAUGGGUACAAUUAUCAACCGCCGGAAGUUCCGUUUCCCAAUGAACCAAGAACUACUGUAAAACCAGCACCACCACCACGACCCACGAGACCACCGACACAGCCACCGAGAAUAACAACAGUUUCUCCGGACUAUCUACCACCAGUAACACAAAGAACUACGAAAUAUAUUCCACCACCAACUACUCCACCUACUACAAGAUAUGUACCACCAGUAACACAACGAACUACGAAAUAUAUUCCACCACCAACUACUCCACCUACUACAAGAUAUGUACCACCAGUAACACAACGAACUACGAAGUAUAUUCCACCACCGACUACUCCACCUACUACAAGAUAUGUACCACCAGUAACACAACGAACUACAAAAUAUAUUCCACCACAAACUACUGCACCUACAAGGCCACCAAGAAUAUCAACGAGUCCUCCAGAUUAUUUACCACCAAUUGGAUCAAAACCAUCAACUAAACCACCUUAUCAACCCACUUCGAAUGAUAUUUUUCCCACAUAUUCUCCAUCACCUGUAACACAAAAAACGACUCGAUUUAUUCCUCCAGUUACUCAAAGAACAACGAAAUAUGUUCCACCAACGAUUCAGCAAAGACCCACAACUGCAACUACUAAAUAUUUACCACCAGUAACACAGAGAACGACAAGAUUUAUUCCUCCAGUGACAGAGAGAACAACAAGAUAUAUUCCUCCAGUAACACAACCACCAACAAAAUCGACUUAUAGACCAUCACCAUCUACGACUGGUCCGGAGUAUCUUCCUCCACAACAAGAUACAAAGCCUUCUCCUCCACCAGUUACACGACCACCUGUUACUCCAGGUCCUAGACCAACACCUCCACCAGUUACACGACCACCUGUUACUCCAGGUCCUAGACCAACACCUCCACCAGUUACACGACCACCUGUUACUCCAGGUCCUAGACCAACACCUCCACCAGUUACACGACCACCUGUUACUCCGGGUCCUAGACCAACACCUCCACCAGUUACACGACCACCUGUUACUCCAGGUCCUAGACCAACACCUCCACCAGUAACACGACCACAACCACCACAAACAAGACCUCCUCCUUACCUUCCACCUUCAUCACCUAAACCAACUUAUCAAACUGUAACUGCACCACCUUAUCCUACGCCAAUUUAUAGUACGACUGUAAGUACAACAACUUAUAGACUUCCUACUGGAAAACCUGGUCCAACGCCUACUUUACCACCAACGACAUUUAAACCUACAGGAUAUAACUAUCCGAUACCUGAUAUACCAUUCAAUUUUCGAAAACGUUGAAAGAAUAAACAGAAAAAAUACAACACUGCCAUAAUUUCCAAAUACCUCAAUUUCGAUCAAUCACAUCACGAGGUUUAAUACUAAUAAAUAUUAUUCUUAAUAUCGAUACAAGACUAAGAAUUAUCUCAUCUAAGAAAAGAUAAUUCGACUUCCUUCAUGUGCACAUAAUACUCAUUUUUUAGAUUAUCAUACUUUCAAAAGCCAACUGUUUUCUAUUUGUUUUUUUUUAAAACUCAAUCUAUAAUUAAAGUGUAAAACAAUUAUUGUACAAGACAAAUAAAUA